AUGGGAAGCCUCUGCUCCAAGAGCGCCAAUCCAUCUGAACCAUUUGCACAGCCAGGCCGUGUACUCGGGACAAGCCCUCAUCCCCCUCCCCAGGCACCCCGUGCAUCGCUGUCGGCCAGUACAGGGAGAACUCUUGGCGGUGCCCACAGCCCGGGUCAAGGGAAGGAUGACCCGCGGAAUGCGGCAGCGCGUGCUGCAGAGGAACGAGCCGCGAGACAAUCAUCGGCUGCAAAGAAGGGCAAACUCAGCUCGCAGCUCGCCGCGCAGAAAGCGCAGACUCGAAGCGAGACCCUCGAUGAAGCGAGUCGCCAUAACCGUGCCACGAGAGAGGCUGAUGCGGCUGCUACUGUGAGGAGGUGGGACUGA